CGUAAUCGUAAGGACUCCAAACUUGGUUAUUUUACUGAGAAAUACACUUGGUGUAUUUUAAAUACGUGAUUACGCGUACCCUGGAUACUUCUCUACCACGUCAAACCUUAUACGCAGAUGAUUACUAUCCAUCAAAUAUCACUUCAAUUCCCCAACUAAGUGAGAUUUCCUGUUACUUCACGACACCUAUCCCAGAUAUUUUCAUAUUGUCCACUUCUGAUCGGAUUGCAAUUAUGCAGGAACUAUGUCAAAGUAUCAAUACCAGUCAGAGGAAAACGACUAUUUACUCCCAACAAAGGUUGCUCGGGAUAAACGAUCGAAUACACUUUAAUGAUAUAAUCAAAUCUCCGAACGACAAAAGACUUUACAGAGGUCUGAUAUUACCGAAUGAUAUGAGGGUACUACUGAUAAGCGAUUCAACGACUGACAAAAGCGCUGCAUCUCUCAACGUUGAUGUCGGAAGUAUGAAUGACCCCAUACAAUUACCAGGUUUGGCACACUUUUGCGAGCACAUGCUUUUUCUUGGAACAGAGGCAUAUCCAGCGGAAAAUGGUUAUACGAAAUACAUCUACGACCAUGGUGGAACAUGUAACGCAUCUACCGGCGACGAUUUCACCAAUUACUACUUUGAUGUAAACCCCGAAAAUUUACCCGGGGCCUUGGACCGGUUUUCUCAGAUUUUUCUGAACCCAUUGUUCACCGAGUCAGCCAUCGAGAGGGAAUUGAAUGUUAUUGAUCUUGAGCAUGAAUCAAACCUAAUGGACGAUAAAUGGCGAAUUAGGCAGUUACAUAAAUCAUUGGCAAAUCCUAUGCACCCGUACUCGAAAUUUGGAACGGGAAAUAAGGAGACGUUGGGCAUAAUUCCGAGGCAGCUUGGUAUGAACAUCAGAGACGAACUGUUGAAAUUUCACGAAACGUGGUAUUCAGCCAGCAUCAUGACGCUCAGCGUAAUUGGAAAAGAAAAUCUCGAUGAAUUGGAAGCUCUAGUUACUACAUUUUUUACUAAUGUGGAAAAUUUUGAUGUUUAUUUAACAAGUUGGAUCGUCCAUCCAUUCUGUGAUCUUGAAACAAGAGUGUACGCCGUACCCAUAAAGGAUGUCAGAUAUCUGAGCAUAAUGUUCCCGUUACCUGACAUGGGAGAAUAUUUCAGCUCUACAUCGGUGCAUUAUAUCUCGAAUCUUCUUGGACAUGAAGGUAAAGGUUCUCUGUUGUCUGCAUUGAAAACCUAUAAUUGGAGUAAUUCCUUACAAGCUGAAUAUGGAAGAGGAGCUAGUGGUUUCAAGUUUUUUAACAUCAAUCUUGACCUAACGGAAAAUGGACUAAAAAAAGUCAGUGACAUUGUCUGGUUGACGUUUCAAUACAUUAAUUUGAUGAAAGAAGAAGGUCCUAUUCCGUGGAUUUUUGAAGAAUGCAAAAGAAUGCGGAAUAUAAAUUUCCGUUUCGAAGAGAAAUCGUCACCUUGUGAUUUGGUCAACUCAACUGUACGGUGCAUGCGAAAAUACCCCGUGCGGGAAGUCUUGAGAGGACCUCGGUUGUCCAACGAAUGGAAUCCGGACUUGAUUAAGAAUCUACUGGAUUAUCUGACUCCAGUAUGCGUUAGGAUCUCUGUCGUAGCUCGGUGGUGUAAGAAUAUGACUAAUGACACGGAACCCUGGUAUGGAACCAAGUAUAUGAUAGAAAAAAUACCACAUGAAAUCGUUGUGGACUGGAUGGAUGCAGGUCUAAGCGGGAUCCUACGACUUCCGGCUGAAAACGAAUUCAUACCAACAAAUUUUGAGCUAAAGCCACGAGAGCCUGACGCGAACAAAUUCCCAGUAAUUAUUGAAGACACAGCGCUGAUGCGAGUUUGGUUCAAGCAAGAUGAUGAAUUUCUCUUGCCUAAAGCUAAUCUUAGAUUCAGUUUUGUUAGUUCUUUCACAAGCAUCGAUCCAGUUAAUUGCAAUCUGGGAUACAUAUUCGUGGACCUGUUCUACGAUUCAUUGAACGAAUAUACUUAUGCUGCCCGUCUUGCAGGACUCUGUUGGUCUCUUAGUCAUAACGAUUACGGAAUGACCUUAACAAUCGAGGGCUAUAACGACAAACAGCGAAUUUUGCUCGAGAAAAUCAUUGAUGAGAUGGCCAAUUUUGAAGUAAAUCCGCGCGUGUUCCAAACCUUUAAAGAAAGUUAUAUUAGGAGUCUGAAAAAUAUGAAAGCUGACCCGCCUUACUAUCGUGCUGACUACCACAUGGGGGUUUUGCUGUCAGAGACUAAAUGGACCAUAGAUGAUUUGCUAAAAUCAACUUCACUAUUGACAGCGGAAAACUUACAACAUUAUAUAAAAAAGAUGCUAAGUAAAGUGCACAUUGAAUGUUUAAUACAUGGAAACGUGACCAAGUCGGAAGCGUUAGAUAUGGUCAAAAUAUUUGAAUUUAAAUUGAUCAACGCGUUGCCACAAUUCUCACCGCUACUACCACGGCAAUUAAUUCGAUGUCGACAUGUGAAAUUAGAUGAUGGUUGUAACUUUCUUUACGAUGUCGGUAAUAGAUUGCACAAAAGUUCCUGCGUCCAAGUGUACUACCAAUGUGGUGUUGAGACGAUAGAAUCGAACGUACUCUCUGAGCUCCUGAAUCAAAUAAUAUUCGAACCCUACUUUCAUACCAUUAGAACCAAAGAACAGCUUGGCUACAUCGUUUACAUCAGUGUACGACGAAUAAAUGGUGCGCAAGGUCUGAAAUUUACUGUGCAAAGUGACAAACAUCCUCAGUAUGUUGAUGAAAGAAUAGAAGCAUUUUUGGAAGCGAUGUUGAACCAGUUAGUCGAUAUGCCGGAAGAAGAAUUCUCAAGUCACAAAGACGCCUUAGCUACGAAAAAAUUGGAGAAACCGAGAACGCUGGGCACUCUGACGAGUUUGUUCUGGUCUGAAAUAUGGGAGCAACGAUACAAUUUCGACAGGGCUAACAUGGAAGUAUCCUACAUGAGAACUGUAACGAAAGAAAUGGUUAUCAAAUUUUAUAAGGAUGUCCUUAUGAAUUCAGGUUCGACUAGAUGUAAACUUUCGGUACACGUAGUUUCAAUGGCUAAAGGCGGAGCUGGACGUACAAGGAUCAACGACACGGAAAAUAGAUCACCUCCAUCCUCGGAAUCACGUCUAAAUACCGUUUGUAGAAUUAAUGACCCAGUGAUGUUUCAUUCAACCCAAGCGUCGUAUCCUUUGGUAAAGCCAUUUAUUGAUGUACCAAAGAAAAUUUGAAGAAGACGUAAAUUGCAACUGUAUUUAGUAUAAUGGAUACGAUGCACCGGAUACGGGCAUCCGAGACAAAUUUUAUUAAACAAUAGGGCAUUAGUUCGAAUGGACUGAACUAUGAAAUAAUUGUAUUAUAAAACGAUUGUUCACCAAUCCCAUUUAGUGCAAUGUGACAGAUUAUCAAAUAGAAAAAAGGAUUGACAAAUCCAUUAUUUUAUCCAUAUAAUGAGAUAUGUACAUAUGUGCCACUGGUACAUAUUUUAAUUUUUUGACUUCACAUAUCUGGGAUUGGUAACUCAUACUUGCAGUGAUCCGUACUAACGAUAAUUCAUUUCUAUGAGAAUAACCGCAGUGAGCGAAUCUGACGAGUUCAGAGCAAUUUUUAUAUCUCUGAGAGUCAUUUUUAUAGAUAUAUAAUAUUUUUAGAUAAGAUUUAAUAUAAUAGUACGUAAUUUUGUGGAAAUAACGAGCAUGACCGUCAAAUCUUAUUUACCCAGUUAUACCCAAUCAGAAGGCCGAAAAAAGGCGAUUUUACAAGGAUUUCUCAUGAAGUGACAUUUUAAUUUGAUAAUGUGAAAAUUUAUAUACACAUUGGGGUAACAUUGAACUUCGUCCUGAUAUUUUUUAAUUGUAAAAAUAAUGAUUUUUAAAGCUGCUAUAGCCGAUCUCCGGGAGCAUCUCUAAAAAAAAAACAGGCGUCUUGC